AUGGUUGUCAUUCACACAAUUCCUGAAUUGCAGGUCGACGUGGUCAUGGAUGGACAAGCCGCGGCCGAAUACGCAACGCCAGACGAGAGUGUAAAGAAAGCUGAGGGUGGAGCUACGAUCCCAAUCGCUCAUCGCUACACGGAAUCGGUCACCGAUCGUCUUCACUUUGAGGCUCACCGUCACCCCAGAGUUUCGGUUUCCUUCGACGGGUUUCGACAGCAGAAUUGUAUGGUGCGGCAGGAGAAAGGGCCGUCACGGUUGGCAAACAUUUCUAUUUGCCCUCGUUUCACACUCGAGGAGGCUACCCCUACAAAGGUUGCCGGCGAUGCCAAAAUGGCCAAGACAUUGGGUACAAUCUGUGUUUCCAUCGCAGUCGGAGCAGGGCUAGCACUCAAGGACUAUGCCGAGAAGACGCGAUUACCAAGGAGCUCGACAUUUGAGCUGGUUGAAAAGUCCAUCAAAGGGAAGGAACUGUCGCAUGGAGCGGCGUAG